AUGAAUAUGACAACAACACCAAGCAUAUCUAGUGCAAUUACAACGGCGAUAUUCUCUCAGGAACAAUUAUUCCUACUAUAUAAAAAUCCAGUUUUAGUUAUUCGAUUCUAUCAAAUUGGUUAUUUGUUUACAUUUUUACUGGGGUUUCCUGGUAAUCUAGCUAGUUUAUUUACAUUUUCACAACCAACAUUACGAAAAAUAUCAACUGGUUGUUUGUUUAUUACUUUGGCUAUUUCGGAUACAUUAUAUUUACUUAUAUGUAUCUUUGAUUUUGUAGAAUUCGGUUUACAAAUUAGUUUCUAUCGUCGUCUUGCAUACGAUGAACUUUGUCGAUUUCGUUCAUUUAUAAUGAACGUUGCUCAAGUUUUAUCAGCAUGGAUAUUAGUAAUAGUUUCGAUUGAUCGAUGGAUUCGAACACGAUUUCCCUUUAAAUCAGGUUCAAUAUGUACACCAAAAAAUGCUCUCUUUGCUGUCGGUGUUUUACUUAUGUUAGACAUAGCUCUUCAUGCUCAUAUGUUAACUUCAAUGUUUGGAAUGCUUAUACCUGGCUUUUCAAUGGCAGCAUGUGGACCUACUAUCAUUAAUAUUUCAUACGCUCUAUUCUACUUUUUGGAAUGGAGCAUAGUGCAAAUCUUUACCAAUUGCUUAGUGCCUGCUGCUAUAAUGUUGGCUGUUCUCAUCGAUAUAUUUAUUAUUGUUCGUGCUCGUAGACGAGCGCUUAUUCGACCAACUCAAUUUGCUUGUCAUAUUAAAAAUACAAAACAACAAAAACUUCUUCAAAAACAAAUAUUUAUUCUAAUGCUUGCAAGUGUUUGUAUUUUUCUGAUUACGUCUCUUCCAUUGGGAAUUUAUAAAAUACAAUCACCACGACAAGGAACUGCGUCGCUCACUGUUUUUCAGAUCAUAUCUAUUUGGGCAAGUUUAGGAUGGUUUCAAAGUCUCUUUCACGCAAUAAGUUUUUAUAUUCAUUGUCUCAGUUCAACAUUUUUUCGUAAGGAAUUCAAAGAAAAAGUUAAACGUAUAUGGAAUAGACGUCGUUCUCCAGUAACUACUAUAGAAUUUACAACAGCAGUACAACGGAAUCAACCGCAUGAAACACUGACGAAAUAUUAA